AUGCAUUCAGCCCAUAACAGGGUGAGGGUGCAGUUCUUCAGCUGGAGCCCCAGGAGGCUCUUGGGGAGAAAAUGUUUCCUUCCCUGUGGGGAUCUAGGCUUUGCUCACCUGUGCUGCAUGGUGAUUGUUGUGAAUUUUGAGAGGGACUGCUUCCCAUCAGUGCCUGAGUCAAGGCCUAGGACUUGAUGGAUGGUGCCUGGCAGGGUCAGCUGCUUGUUGCAGGUUCCUGUGCCCGUGUCAUGCCUGACAGUGGGGGCAAGUUUAGAGCCUUUGAGCUGAGAAUCUGGAGAGAGCAGUGGAUGCGAUGGGCAGUUGCUUGUCCUUGCUGUGAGAAGACAGGCCACGGGGCUGCACCCAGCCCCCAUGGAUACUCGCUGGAGUUGGAGCACACAUGUCUGCAGAUGUAACAACGACCUGCUCCCCCAGGUGAAUGGAUUCUCGCCAGGGCCAGUACUUAUCCGCAGGGGUGUGUGCCAGGCAGCCCAGGUCAGCCUCCCUCCACCGGGCCACCCGCACCAGGUUGCCUCCCAUCGUUUGCAGGAGCGGAAGACCCGAUGGAGCAGGUUUCACAGUGCCCUCGCUGCUGCCUCCCGUUUCAUCUGCACGUCUCUUUCAAUGCGGGCGUGCGAACUUCCAGGUAGAGCCGAGUUCAAGAAAAUGAAGUACUGCAUGCGACGAGCAAGUUUAUUGAAGAGGGUGUGAGGUCGCGGCGCCUGACCCUCAUUAUGUCAGUUACUACUAAAUGAAAUUAGAACUUCACUGCCCUUUUUCUUUUUCCCAUCGAGGUGCAGGAGGAAUUGAUCUUAGGGUAGUAUUUUGGAUUAAAAAAAAAAACAUGAAAUGAAA